GCUGUUUUUGGAAAUUUAUUUAUUUUUGUUUGAUGCCAUUUAUAAGGAAGCUGAUCAGAAGAAAAUUUUGCUUUUGUCUCUCCCUGACUUCCGGAUGCAUCAUCAUUUCAUUCUACACCUUGUUUUUCGGGUUUCUCAACGCGGGCACCACUGUCGAUGAAGUCAUAUACAGAGAAACAUUUAAAACUGAUGUAUGGGCGAAAUGGUUCAAUGUUUUCCAUAUAGCUCUGAUGAUUGCAGCUGCAGUUGUCCUGCUAAUAUCUGUUAUGACGAAAUAUAUAAAGGUGGUUUUCUUAUGGAUGGCAAUGUUUAUCAUCCACAUGAUAUCCUACUACAUCGUCUUCAAUGCCUUGGUAAACGUUCGCAACCCGUUCUUCACUAGUGCUCUGUCUGCAUUCUUGUAUGUCCUGGUAAACCUUGUAACGUUAGCCAUAGAUCUAUUUUGCCUGAUCAAAGUCUAUUCAUAUUAUUACGUGAAGAAGCAUCCAGAUGAAUUCAGACCACCAUGUGUUGACAACUGAGACUCAAAAGAAGCAUCCCAUAAAAUAAUAAAACUAAUAUCAACGUUUUGCCGAGUUUAUAUUUUAUGGAUUUUUAAGCAUCUUGAUGAGAACUGAAAACGAUUCCACGCGUGCCUGCCACACACAAGCGCACAUACAGCAGGAAAUUCUAGGCUAAUGCUAAUGAGGCCAUAAUACAAAUUGCUUAAAUUGAAAUUAUGCAAAAAAGUUAAUACUCUCGUUCAAGAGGAUAUGGCGGAAAAUGAGGAGGCAAUUUCUCUCAAGUUUGGCACCAACAGCUGGGAAAGCAAUCUAACAAUCUUCGCCUGAAACUUCUGCAAUGUUAAUAAAUUA